AAGGCUUCUGCUGUCCGGCCAGUAACCCGUACUCCAUCCUGCUCUCUCCUCUUUAAGCGAGUUUGUACUUACAGGGAACUGAGUGACGGUCGGAGGACGGUCCCUGCCGGGGCGCAUGAACCGGGUGAGGUUUAUAAGUCAGCCUCCACCAGCGGCCGUGCCCAUCCUGGCCUCUGAGAAAGUCAAGGGAGCAGGAGGCUCCUGGCCAAGCGGCGGGUGUGCCUGGGGUGGUAACCAGUAUUCUGGUCUUCUUUCAGUCCCCGGUAGAUGGAUACGGACAUGGACUACGAAAGACCAAAUGUUGAAACCAUCAAGUGUGUUGUCGUUGGGGAUAACGCGGUGGGGAAAACUCGCUUGAUCUGUGCAAGAGCCUGUAACACCACCCUGAGCCAGUACCAGCUGCUAGCAACACACGUCCCAACCGUGUGGGCCAUUGAUCAGUAUCGGGUCUGCCAAGAGGUUCUUGAACGGUCCCGUGAUGUGGUUGAUGAAGUAAGUGUUUCUCUUAGGCUCUGGGACACGUUUGGAGAUCACCAUAAAGACCGACGUUUUGCUUAUGGAAGAUCCGACGUUGUGGUCUUGUGCUUCUCCAUUGCUAACCCCAACUCCCUGAAUCAUGUGAAAACCAUGUGGUGCCAAGAGAUCAAGCACUUCUGCCCUCGCACUCCUGUCAUUCUGGUGGGCUGCCAACUGGACCUUCGCUAUGCUGACCUGGAAGCUGUCAACCGAGCCAGGAGGCCAUUGGCCAGGCCUAUCAAAAGGGGAGACAUCUUGCCGCCGGAAAGAGGCAGAGAAGUUGCUAAAGAGCUUGGAAUACCAUAUUACGAAACCAGCGUAUUUGACCAGUUUGGCAUCAAGGACGUGUUUGAUAAUGCAAUUAGAGCCGCCCUGAUUUCCAGGAGACAUUUACAGUUCUGGAAAUCGCAUUUGAAGAAAGUCCAGAAACCUUUACUUCAAGCUCCGUUUCUACCUCCAAAGGCACCUCCUCCUGUUAUAAAGAUCCCAGAGUGUCCCAUCACCAAGAUCAACGACGUGGGAUACUUACUGGACAAUCCGUUGUGUGCGGACGUGGUGUUUAUUCUUCAGGAGCAGACUCAGAUCUUUGCUCACAAGAUCUACUUAGCUACCUCUUCUUCCAAGUUUUAUGAUCUUUUCUUAAUGGGAUAUGAGGAAACGCAGGGCUUGACCGAAACCUUUUCCCCUAAAGGCGGGGCUCUCCUGGCCAGAACCGGCGCCCUUGAAGCCGAGGGCAAGCGGGGGGACGGGGCGGCUGCCGCGACUGACUGCCUGCGCCCUGGUCUCGGGGUAGAGCCCGAGGCAGGAGAAGCCGCCUGCCUGAAACAGGGGCCGACGCUCCGGGGCAAAGGCUUCGUCAGCCUGCAUCAAGGGAGGCACGUCAACCCUGCUUCGAAGAGGGCGUGUGCGGUGACGGUCGUCAGGAUGGAGGCGUCCAUCCAGCCCGGCCCUUUUAAAACUGUCCUGCGGUUUUUGUACACUGGGCAGCUGGACGAAGAUGAGAAAGAUCUCACCCGGGUGGCUCAGAUUGCUGAAAUACUGGAAGUGUUUGACUUGCGGAUGAUGGUAGAAAACAUCACCAAUAAGGAAGCCUUCAUGAACCAGGAAAUUACAAAGGCUUUCCACGUCCGGAAAGCUAACAGAAUAAAAGAAUGCCUUUGCAAGGAGACAUUUUCUGAUGUGGCAUUUGUGUUGGAAGAUGGAAAGAUAAAUGCUCAUAAACCGCUACUAAUCUGUAGCUGUGAGUGGAUGUCUGCAAUGUUUGGAGGAUCGUUUGUGGAGAGCUCAAACAGCGAGGUUGCUCUUCCCAACAUAAAUAAGACCGCCAUGCAAGCAGUCCUGGAUUAUCUGUACGCCAAGCAACUCUCAGCCAGCCAGGACUUGGACCCCCUCGAAUUAAUCGCCCUGGCAAACCGACUGUGCCUGUCCCACUUGGCCGCGCUGGCAGAGCAACACACGGUGCAGGCGCUCACCAGAACGGCCAUGAGCGGCGUUAGCAUAGAUGGAGAAGUGUUGUACAUUUUGGAAAUCGCCCAGUUCCACAAUGCCAAGCAGCUGGCAGCCUGGUGCCUGCACUACAUCUGCACUAACUAUAACAGCGUUUGUUCGAAGUUCCGGAAGGAAAUUAAAAUGAAAUCUCCUGGUAAGAGCUUCUGGCAAGCGUUCUCCAUCGCCUUCUCUCAAUAUUUACAUCUGCGUUUUCUCCUCCUCCUUCAGGCCUGCGACGAAGAAAGGGUUUCAGCCUACGCCAACCUGCAGAUAUUUAUUUGGUUCAUUGCUUAUUAUAACAUAACUUCUAAGGCCUUUUUUAUAGCUGCAGAAUCCCUGAAAACUAAGCAUGCAAAACAUUUAGCAACAGAAACGAUACAGCCCUGAAACAUCCUAUUCUGCGUUUGGGACGUUUCAGUUUCAAGCAUUUUGAUGAACUCUUCUGUAGACUAGGAAUGUCCAUUCUGAGUUAUGUCAGUCUAGCAUUUUAUGUUUUUCAUAAACGUACCACCUCUUUCUGGGUUCUCUAUUUGAGAAUACGAUAUCUGAAAGUAGAUAGAGAGCUAUGUCCUCCAUCUCAACCAGGAAAUCCCAGAUGUUCUCAGGCCCACCCCAUAACAGCUUGAAAUUCAGUGGAGUUUUGAAAAGGGAAACGAGUUUCCCCCCCCCCAGAAAUCUGCACAAGGUUUCAGAUUCUGCAUUCCCUGAAAUCUGUGUGAUAGAUAACACUUUCCUAUGGUUAUCUUUUCCAUGAAGAUAACCAUGAACCAAAAACCAAGCUUUUCCUAACCAUUCGGACUUCACGAAUAUAGGCAAGUUUCUAAGAGUUUGAAGAUUCAAAAUAUCGUUACACUUACUAGGUAUUGUUUG